CUCAAACUCUUCAUGAACCUUCAAACUUCUGUCAGCAUAUAUCCGUAGCCUCACUGUAUCGUUUGUCCACCCUCUUUCAACGCGUCCCUGCUCAUCCAAGAUUGAUGUUUCCACCAUCUCUAUUGUCCAAGAUCUUUCCGCUCGUAUCCUUUGGCUCUCGCGUCUCAUCUUUCAAUCUGACCCUCGCCACUUCUUAGCUUAUCAACACGUCUGCACACCUAAAUCCGAUGGCUUCCCUCUUUGGGAAGAAAGAUAGAUCACGUAUCUCCACCUCCACCACCGCCUCCAACUCUUCCAACCCCAUAUCCCCCAUAGGACUAUCCGGCUCAGUCCCCUACAAUGCCGUCCAGCCCGGUCCCCCGCCCGUCGCAGGACCUUCGAGACCUCCCAGUCGACGAGAAGCCGAAAUGAUACAAUCAGGCGCUCGAAUCAUCAGUCCGCCAAGUACGAACCCCGGUUUGACCGAAGCUGGUACACCCAUGAACCUUUCCAGUAGGAGAUCAGAAGGCAUGCCUCCCCCUCCUCCUAAGGAUAGACGACCUAUUCGCGGUUCACAUCUCACCGAACCUCCCUCCAGUCCUGAAUCGACAGUACAUUCUGCAACAUCUAAUGGACUACGGUACCAACCACCUUCGGUAGCUUUGGGCAUGGCUACUUCUCCUACACCUACUUCAGACUUUGGGGCAUCCACCAGACAUCCUUAUGCCGCCGGCUACGGGGAUCCAGAGACUGCAUCUAUACGUACGGUCUCUUCGUCACAUUCAUUUCAGCCCAAUAGAGAUCUUGGAAGAUAUCCAAGUUUUACCGAACGACCUGGAGUUUCUCGAUCUAGUGUCACUAGCACCCGGUAUUCCACUUCGACUAAUAAACCUUUUGCGAGCUCUGUUACCGGCUCUUCCCUGGCCGGGAGUAGAUUAUCAGAGGAAUUCGAUUUGACUCGUCCAUCUGAUGAAGAGAUAGAAGCUCGGUUUCUGGCUCUCUUGGAGAGCCGAGGAGGAGACGCCGAAACCGCAUUAAGGACACCUUCAACUCUUUCAUCUCGGACCUCGAUGUCGUCCGUUCAAGUGGCCAGAACUGCUGCGGCGUUACCUAUAGAGACAAAAUGGGCAAUGGUAGUAUCAGACGCCAGGACACGGUGGGAAGCGGAACGCGAAGCCAGGCGAGCAAAGAGCGAGGCUGCCAGGAGUGGGAAGAGGAAAGGCGCUUCCGGCAUCUCCAAAGAUAGUCCAGAGUGGUUCCUUGAGAAGAUGCUCAACGGUACUAUCACUCCUCAGCAUAUCGCUACGCUUUCGAUCAACCUUCGAAGCAACAGGCUGGAGUACGUCAAGGAUUUCCUCAAGCUUCAAGGUCAGAAUGCCCUAGCUAAAUUACUAAAUGAUCAUACCAAAAAAAGAAAUCGUGGCGCUGCAGAUGUGGAGAUGGAAACUGAAUUGCUCAAAUGUCUCAAGCUGUCGUUGGGCACAAACAUAGGAGCGUUGGACGCGUUGCAAAAGCCAGCCGUCGUCAACACUGUCGUCAAAUCUCUCAUCUCCCCAAAUUUAGCUUGUCGGCAAAUGGCAGCAGAGAUUCUCGCUUUCUUCUGUCACUUUGAUCUACAGUCAGAGCCACGCGUGGGUCUACCUAUGGUUCUCGGUGCGUUCGACAAACUUGAACAAGAGCUCAAUGAUACCAUCAUUGAUGUUGCGGGCAAGGUUGGAAAAUUCGACGUAUGGCUGAGACAAUUCGAACAGAUGAUGGAUGGUAGAGGGCGGAUGGGGAGUAUGGUGGGGGUCAGUAAGGAUUUGAAAGGUGCCGACGCUGGAGCCAUCAUGGAGUGUUGUAACACGAUGAUAGUCCUGAUUCAAGGCUUGGUCUCCAGUAUCCACAUUCGGGCUCGUUGUGCCGUCCGGGCCCAACUCGAGACCGCAGGAGUGACAAGAGUGUUCGCCAAAAUUGAGCAAAUCCAUGAUGAUGGGACCACACGCAAGAUCAGGCAAUACGAAGAAGACGCCGAAGCAGAUCGUCAAGCCCUGGCUGAAGAACAAGACAGGAUCCUCUUGCAUUCCAUGCGCACCCCUGAAGAUGUCAUAAGAGCUCUGCUUCAAAUGACUCGAGGAACAAAGUCAAGCGCCUAUCUUCUGGAUGCUCUUCGACAUCUGUUACUCAUCAAAGAAGAAGGGGAAAUGAGAGACCGAUAUUUCCAACUUCUCGACAGACUGAUCUCCAGCAUCGUCAUGUCGGACACACCGGACAUGUCUCAAGAUUUCUCAAGGGCAUUCGGGACGUCCGUGGGCCGAGUGAUUGGCAAAUACGUAGAACAAGAUCGGAUGGAUAUGGCGUUCGAAGAGGUCAGGGAAUUGAAAGCUGCUCUAGCGACCGCGAAUCGUGAAAGGGACGAAUUGAAAGAAGAACUGGCUCAAGGUAAUGAUGGACUUGUUGGACAACUUAAAGCCCACAUUACGGAUCUGGAGGAACGUCUGCGAAAAUCACGGGCGACGACUGAAUCACUGGAAGAUCGAUUAGAGGGUGAAAGGACCGAACACGCUGCGAAAGUCGCAGACCUGGAAUUGAUCAUUCAGGAGCUGUUCAACAUGUUGCGCGAAAGUAUGUAUCUCGACCAACUCCAAUCCGGAACCACGGGACCAAUAGAUAGAGAGAAGCUGUUGCUACAAUUGCGAGAACAAUGGGCCCGUAAGAAAACCAUCCAAAAGCUCGAAGGAAAAGAUCAGAUCAACGGCAAAAGGAAAUCAAACAGGAAAUCCAAUAGUCAAGAUACCACCGAAGGUGUUGUACCGGGAUCCGAAGAUGAAGAUGGAGAAGAAGAUGGGGAGGUAUUGGAAGCUGCUAAAGUCGCUUUCGGCGAAGCAAAAGGUUGGGUUAAAUCUCGUGAAUCACGAGCCAAGAAAUCCACUUCCGGAUCCCAAUUUGCCGAUGCUACCGAAGAUCGAGUGAGGGAACAUAUAGAAGAUGCUUUAUCUAAAGGUGCCGACCAUAUUUCUCCCGUCAGACAAAUGGGUAAAUUCCCAACAUCCACUUCCUCCCGUACCAUCACCCGAAGAGGGGCACCGAACGCUCCUCCUAUCGGGGAGAAGUCCAUGCACCGUAUCAGAGGAAGUAAACCCCAUCUCCCACCGAGGUUACUGCCUGAAGUACAUUGGAGGACACUGUCAAGAAGUACCUCGGCGUUUUCAGUUGUGCAAACGGAUCAGAUGGACGAUACGAUGUCUGAAUACCGCCAAAGUCGUUUGACUCAAGGAACGGAUUUCAGUUCUGUGGCAUCUAUGGAACUAAGAACUCCGACUACGGGGAGAAGAGACAGUUUCGCAGCUCAAGUAUUGAGUCGAGCAAAAUCCUUCAGACAUAUCAGUUCAACGGAUUCAGAUGAUAUUUUACCACAUGAGUCUCCUACUUUAUCGACUUUGGAAGAAGAGAAUUCCAGUACUGGAGAGAGAUUAUCAGACUCUUCGACUUCCAUACCAUCCGUCCCCCCGCCUCCGCCUCCUCCGCCACCACCACCACCACCACCUCCUCCUCCACCCCCACCGCCUCCACCUCCACCCCCACCUCCGCCAGGAGCUCCUUCCAUGGGUAUGACCAAUGGUUUACCACCAGGAAUCCCAGCUUCUAUGUCAGGUAUGGCAGGUGUUUUAGCAGGUAUAAAAGGAGGUAUCAAACUUAAAUCUUCCAACAACCCCAAUGAUCCCUCAUCAUCUCCGACCGAUUCGACCACACGUUCCCCCCCUCUACCUUCAGCUCCAGGUGCAAGAGCACCUCUGGCUCCAUUGUCAUCCUUACUACAUGGUUCAAAUGACAAUAGAAAGGACGUAGCUAUGAUGGCUAGCAAAAAGACAAAACAGGUUCAAUGGGAGAAAGUCUCAAAAGCUCAAUUGGCAAAGACAAUUUGGGGUACACAAGAAGUUAGAGAAGAAGAUCUGGUCGAGAGGAUGAAAGCUGUCAAUCUGUGGAGUGAGAUGGAAGAUGAGUUCAAGGCGAAGGAUAUUAUCGCCAAUGCCGUUAAAAAGAAGAAAGAAACAGAACUCAAAUCUGUCCUCGCUCCAGAUCACAGAAGAAGAAUCGAAAUUUUGAUGUCACAACCAACUCCCAAAUCAUAUAAAGACCCGGAAAAACUCUCAGAUGCCAUUGCGAACUUUGACGCGAAUCUGUGCACCGAGGUUUUCUUAUCUGAAUUGCAGAGUCAAUUGCCGAAUGAUGAUGAGCGUGGAAAGCUGCUCACUCAUUCCGCCGAUAGUGAAGAAGAUCUGGAACGACUUCAUCCUGCCGAUCGAUUGAUGGUCCGACUGAUCCAACUUCCAUACCUCAACGAUCGGGUCAAGGGAAUGUUGUUCCAAAUCCGUUUUGCGACAAACGUCGAGUUGCUUCAGAAGAGUUUGGACCUUCUCACUGUCGCAUGUAGAGAUCUCCUCGCUGCCAAGCGUUUCCGAGAGCUACUCAAUGUGAUCCUGGUCAUGGGCAAUUUCCUCAAUGGUACGAAUUAUGCCGGCGGGGCUUAUGGUUUCAAAAUUGCCUCGAUCAACAGGUUGGCAGAUACCAAAUCUUCCCAUGGACAAAACUUGCUACAUUUCCUUGAGAAUGUCGUCAGUCAACAUUUCCCUUAUCUGGAAAGCUUCUUAGAUGAACUGGUCAAACCUUCAGAGGCGAAUCGAGUAAAUUUUACAGAUAUGCAAGCGACUUCGAAAUCUAUGUUGGACGAAAUCCGAAAUAUCCGUCGUUCACUCAAUGCGAAUUUCCUCAGUAGUGAUGAUGGUUAUACUCGAAAAAUGUUCAGAUUCUCCGCUUCGGCUGAAGAUGAGAUGCAAGAUUUACGAGAUGGGAUCGUUCAAGCUGAAAGUGCUUUACGUGAAGUUCAAACGUUUUAUUGUGAGGGAGAGGAAAUGUCGAGACCUAUGCAAAGUCAAGAUUUCUUUGGGAUUUUCAGAACUUUUACAAGUUCGUACAUUGCAUGUCGUGAUCAAAAUCGUGCCAAAAGAGAAGAAGCUCUAGCUAGAGAACGUCGUGCACAAGCUCGUGCUGCUUUAACACCUCAAACAACAGGAGCUUCUUCCAUUUCCGAAGUCAACCUUAUCGACGCUCGAUUGAAUCGACUCAAAUUAGAAGGUACUCCAAGGGUCAAACGUGAAAGAAGACAAUUAGCUCCACCUUUAUCACCCAUCAUCAGAUAUCUGAACGGGAUAAGUGGGAUGGGUAUUCAGGGAUUUGACAGGGGGGAUAUGGAUGGGAUAGAAUUUCGGAGAAGGUAA